GGCCUCCCAUUUCUUCGCCGGGCCGGCCGGGGCGGGCAUAAGAUGGCGGCGAGGUUGAGCGGCGGCGGUGGGGAGAACCGGCUGGUGUCGCUGCCCCUGUCCCGCAUCCGCGUGAUCAUGAAGAGCUCGCCGGAGGUCUCCAGCAUCAACCAGGACGCGCUCUUCCUCACCGCCAAGGCCACGGAGCUUUUUGUCCAAUAUUUGGCAUCGUACUCCUACAAACAUGGCCGAGGCAAGGAGAAGAAUGCUCUAACUUACAGUGACCUGUCGCAUACUGCAGAAGAGUGUGAAACCUUUCAGUUCCUUGCAGAUAUCUUGCCAAAGAAGAUCCUAGCCAGCAAAUACCUAAAAAUGCUUGAAAAAGAGAAGCGAGAUGGAGAAGUGGGGGAAGGUGAAGAAGAGGAUGAGGAGGAAGAUGACGAAGAUGGGGCUGUUGGUGAAGAUGUGGGAUCUUAAGGCUAGAGGAGAGCUACUUCAUAGUUGAUCGGUUUUCUGUUGUAUAAAGGAUGUUAUUUUUGUGACUGAGAUUCCAGAUGCUGGAUAUAUUUAUGUACUGAGCCAUUUGGUUUUGCUUUAAGAAGUUUAAAAAUUGAACUUUGUCCUUGCUGAAGAAUGGAAUUCUUCCCUCGGAAAACACGGUGGGGAGAGAAGCGCUCAUGUAAAUUUGACGGCAGAACUCGCUGAGGCGAUCCAAAAUGUGACUUCUUCGGACAAUCGUUACCAAAUCUAAAAGUCCUUCAGGGCAGCUUUCAGUCCAAAAGCUGUUUCACCCCCUCUCUAGAAGGGGGUUCUACCCCAGUUUGUGUCUCUCCUCAGAGUGGCAAAUGAGGGGAGGGGAGGUGUUUUAUACAGUAUCUUCAAAUAUCUGCUGUCCUGGUCUCCUUAGGAGCCAGUAACUGAUCAAACCCUCCCCCAGCUGUCUGGGAUAGCGCCAGGGCAGUAGCAGUGGUCCAAGCCCAUCUGAAAAGAGUUCUGUAAAACUGCUGCUGUAGUGCAGCCUCCGUGGGCAUGCCUGCACAGAAACGGGGAGAGGAUGAGAGCUCUUCCAAUAGCUGAUGUGGUUUGGUGGCUCUGGUGGUAACAAAGUAGGUGUUAGAUAAUGAUGUAAAUAUGUACAUCCAGAACCUUGCUCUGUACUCAGCUCUCCACAUCUGCAGUGUGUCUGUGGUGUUUGACAAAAUGCGCGUUGUUUGAGGUCUGUUAAAUGUGGAUUGUUGGGAAUGAACAACGCAUUCACCGUUUAAGUGAGAGCUGGAUUUAGUUUUUUUUUUUUUUACACUAUAAAAAUAACUUUCCUGUGUACAACUUUAUAUGCAACUUUUUAAAAUAAAUGUUUUUUUAA